AUGCGUGCUGUUGCCGGAGCCUCUCUUGUUGCGCUUGCUGCCGCCGCUAGUGUGGCGGCUGAAAAGCCUACAUUCACACCCACCGAUGUCAAGGGCGCGUUUGUCGAGCAAUUCACUGACGACUGGGCGGGCCGAUGGACUCCUAGCAAGGCCACCAAGAAGACACCGGUUGGAAGCGAGACGUUCUCGUACGUCGGCCAGUGGGAAGUCGAGGAGUCCUCGGUGCGACCUGCCAUCGUCGGCGAUAAGGGCCUCGUCGCCAAGUCCAAGGCCUCUCACCACGCCAUCUCGGCUCCCUUUGCUGCCCCCAUCGAUCCCAAGGGCAAGCCAUUUGUCGUUCAGUACGAGGCCAAGUUCCAGAAGGGCGGCAACUGUGGUGGUGGAUACCUCAAGCUGCUCGAGGAAGGCUUCAACAGCGAGGAGUUCUCCGACAAGACUCCCUGGGUUGUGAUGUUCGGUCAGGACUUGACUUGCCCUGGAUCUAAGGUGCACUUCAUCUUCAGGCACCAGAACCCGAUCACCAAAGAGUGGGAAGAGAAGCAUCUCAAGUCGGCCCCUACUCCUCAUGUCGGAGAGAACACCAACCUUUACACCCUCAUUGUCAACCCUGACAAUACCUUUGAAAUCCUCAUCAACAACGAAUCUAACACCAAGGGCAACCUUCUUGAGAGCUUCGAGCCUCCCGUCAACCCACCCAAGGAGAUUGAUGAUCCCGAGGACAAGAAGCCCUCUGACUGGGUUGAUGAGGAAAAGAUUGCCGACCCCGCCGCCUCCAAGCCUGAAGACUGGGAUGAGGACGCGCCUCGCGAGAUCCCUGACGAGGAGGCCACUCAACCCGAGGGCUGGCUCACCGACGAGCCUCUUACCAUCCCGGAUCCCGACGCUGAGAAGCCCGAGGAGUGGGAUGACGAGGAGGACGGUGACUGGAUUGCUCCUACCAUCCCGAACCCCAAGUGUACCGAAGGUCCCGGUUGCGGCCCCUGGGUCCGCCCGAUGAAGGCCAACCCUGCCUACAAGGGCAAGUGGAGUGCUCCUUUGAUCGACAACCCCGCCUACAAGGGCGUGUGGUCGCCUCGCAAGAUUGAGAACCCCAACUACUUUGAGGAUCUCCACCCCGCCAACCUCAACAAGAUUGGUGGUGUCGGUAUUGAGAUCUGGACCAUGACCGAGGACAUCCUCUUUGAUAACAUCUAUGUCGGCAACUCGCCCCAAGAUGCUGCGAAACUCGCCAAGGAGACGUUUGUCGUUAAGCAAAAGAUCGAGAAGGAGCUUGCUGACGCUGAGAAGCCCAAGUCGGAGCCAUCCACCGAAGAGGCACCCGCAUUUGCCGAGCAGCCAGUGGCUUUCCUCAGGCACAAGGCCCUGCAGUUUGUCGAGGCUGCCAAGGAGGACCCCGUCGGGGCCUUCAAGUCCCAACCAGAGACCGGCGCCGUCCUCUUGGCCGUUUUGCUCACCUUUUUGGGAAGCCUCGGUGCUCUCUUUGGUGUUAUCGGUGGAAGUGGCGUGCAGAAGCCUGCGACUGCACCCACUAAGGCGAAGAAGCAACAGGUUGCCGCCGAUGCUGCCGCGAGCGCAAAGACUCCUGUUGCGCCUGCUGGAGAGGAGAAGCAGAAGCAGCAGGGCGAUUUGAAGAAGCGAGCGGCGGCCAAGUGA